UUAGGAGUGAAGCUUAACAAGAACUUGGGAGCUUCUCUUAGAUGUUCUAACUGGAAAGGGGCAGCAAAAGUUUCUUAUCAAGAAAUUAUCGAAUUAGAGACAGGAAUGACAGCAGAGGAUAUUGUAUAUCCAUACAUUUCCAUCACAGGAAAUUAUGAUGUAUAUGAGUCAGUGGAUUUCCUGAGGCAAGGUGAGAACAGUGAUGUUGCUUUGAAGAACUUAAACGCUUUGAUAAGAACUGGUUAUGAUUUUUCUGACUUUGAGUGGGAUGCUGUUGAGAGUCCUGAUGUCGAGGAAGAAACGAUAGAUGAGGAUUUAGUAGAAGAUGGCUAUGUGGAAGGUCAAGGUGAGAUACAUACAAAUGACAAGGAAGAGGCGAAUGUCACUGUUGAAGGUAGCCUACUCUCUGGUUUGCAGAGUAAUGAGCAUGAAAUGGCGACAAGUUCAAAGAAGAGAAGGAGUAAGGACGGUGACCACGGUGCACAGACAAGGAAGAUGAAACUGUUAUGUCAAAGAGCUCCAGCCGCACCACAUGGUUUUGAUGAAGAGAUGAAAACAUUCAUCAGAGAAAUGUUUGAAACUUCUUUCAAGCAUUUUGGGCAAGAAGUAAGCAACAAAUUAGGAAAGAUAGAGCUAGAUGUAGCAACACUCAAGAAAGCAGUGAUCACUAUGGAUGAGAAUUCGAAAAAAGACAAGGCACCACCAUUCGGUAAUGGUCAACCAGUGGACGAUAAUUGUCUGUUUCAUGAAUUAUUCACCCGUCCGGGUGAAAUAGACCUUAAUAUGGAUUCGCAAGAUCCAGAUUUUCUGCAAAAAGAAAUGGGGCAUCUUUCUCAAAAAUCACAAGCACCGGGUUUUGAUCCAUCACAGGGGUGA